AUGUCCGAGAAAUCUCAAGCCGACGUUAUCGAACCCAAGGGUGUCGAAGGACAGUACCUUGAACAUGGUAUCGAGGCCACUGAGCAUGUUGACCUCAAUACCAACCUUGAAGCAAAGAUUAAGAACCCUCUCAAGGGAAUUCCUUACGAGCAGCUGAUGCGUGAUGUCGAAGCCUUCGCGCAUGAGAAGGGUCUCGAAGAGCACAUCCCAAUUCUACGCCGGGGCGCGCUCGUCGCCCAAAACCCUCUCGACUUCGAGGACCAGGGCGGCGAGGAAGCUCUUGACGAAGCUGAGAAGGAGGCUCUCCGGGCCGAAGUCACACACCGAUGGCGCAUGCCCGCCCGACUAUUCUUAACUAUCGCGACUUGUUCUAUUGGCGCUGCCGUCCAGGGAUGGGAUCAGACCGGAACUAACGGUGCUAAUAUCUUCUUCCCCGAAUACUACGGCAUCAGUACCAAUAGCACGAGGGACAGACUUUUGCUUGGUCUGAUAAAUUCUGGCCCUUAUAUCGGCUGUUCUUUCAUUGGAUGCUGGCUCUCGGACCCCAUUAACAACUUAAUCGGUCGUCGUGGUGUAAUCUUUGUCUCUGCUCACUUCUGUCUCUGGCCUGUCAUCGGUUCUGCAUUCUGCCACACAUGGGAACAGCAAUUGGCUUGCCGUUUGCUAAUGGGUAUUGGUAUGGGUAUUAAGGCUUCAACUGUUCCUGUUUACGCUGCCGAAAAUGCUCCGGCUUCGAUCCGAGGCGCUCUGGUCAUGUCAUGGCAAAUGUGGACUGCUUUUGGUAUCUUCCUCGGAACCGCCAUCAACCUUGCCGUCUUCAACCACCCUCUCAACUGGCGACUGAUGCUAGGCGCUCCCUUCAUCCCAGCCGUUCCUCUCCUGUGCCUGAUCUACCUCUGCCCCGAGUCGCCCCGUUGGUUAAUGAAGAAGAACCGAUACCCAGAAGCCUGGAACUCCCUGGUUAAGCUGCGGAACAACCCAAUCCAGGUUGCCAGAGAUAUUUACUACAUUCACGCUCAGCUCGCCAUUGAGCAUCAGAUCGUCAGCCAGAGCAACUACGCCACUCGUUUCACGCAGCUCUUCACGAUCCCCCGUGUGCGCCGCGCCACUAUUGCCGCUUUCACCGUCAUGAUUGCGCAGCAGAUGUGCGGUAUCAACAUCAUCGCUUUCUACUCCACCACCGUCUUCGUCGACUCCGGAUAUAACCAAUUCCAGGCCAUGCUAUGCUCGUUCGGUUUCGGUCUCGUCAACUGGCUUUUCGCAUUCCCCGCCUUCUGGACUAUCGACACUUUUGGACGACGAUCUCUGCUCCUCUUCACUUUCCCCCAGAUGAUGUGGACUCUGCUUGCGGCCGGUCUGUGCACCCUGAUGGAGCAAGGAACCGCGAGGACUGCGCUCGUCGCUCUUUUCGUCUUCUUGUUCGCCGCUUUCUACUCGCCCGGCGAAGGUCCUGUCCCCUUCACCUACAGUGCCGAAGUGUUCCCUCUAUCUCACCGCGAGGUCGGUAUGGGAUUCGCCGUCGCCACUUGCUUCUUCUGGGCCGCUGUUCUCAGCAUAACGUUCCCCUUCAUCCUCGACAGGUUGCAGACCGUCGGCGCCUUCGGCCUCUACGCGGGUUUCAACCUCGCGGCGCUCAUCAUGAUCUUCUUCCUCGUGCCCGAGACGAAGCAGCGCACCCUCGAGGAGCUCGACUACGUCUUCGCCGUCCCCAACCACAAGUUCGCCCAUUACCAGGUGACUAAGGCGCUGCCUUACGGAAUCAAGCGAUGGCUUUUUUUCCAGCGCAGCGCUGUGCUAGAGCCCCUCUACCACCAGGACGACGAGGUUCGCACGGCCCCUGUCAGCGAGGGCAAGAAAUCUUCCUCGUGA